GCAUCACGACACUGACUCACUGAGAUACGUUUCCACCCACCUAUGAAGCAGAAGAUUUUAUGUUACCAAGCGGCAGGAUUGAGUUUAGGGACUUCUAUCUCAUUCUGCUUCAGUGUCCCACUGAAUAAGACAGCUAAUCUCCUGUAGCAGAGCAGUUAAAAUAAUUGAUGAGUGUGUGUGUUGAAUCCCCUGGAGAUGCUGGAGCAAGGAGGGGGUGAAGGGAAAAUAGAAGAGAAAAAGGAAGGGGAGGAGGGCAGGUGCUGAUUUCAGCCCUGUAGCGUCAGGAUUGCGUCAAUUUGGGUUUCAACCACGUCUACAGUCUAAGAGCGGAGCUACUCAGAAGAGCCAAAACAGGAAAGGGGGUGGCAAAUCACUGAGUGAGGGAGAGCUAAGAUCCCUCUCUGCUCUAUCGCCCCCCGCCCCCCACCUUACUCGCGCAUGAAGGUCCCCUGAGCUGUACAUUGGUGUUUGCAUCACUCGGAAAAUCCAGCCCCUGGUUCUGGGGAAGAAGAAAACAGCAGUUUUCAUAGCGAGGCAAGACAGGGGUUGCUAUUCAGUACCUCGGACAGAGCACGCAGCAAACAUGGCUCCGAUCACCUCAAGCAGAGAGGAAUUUGAUGAAAUUCCUACAGUGGUGGGGAUCUUCAGUGCAUUUGGUCUGGUCUUCACAGUAUCUCUGUUUGCUUGGAUCUGCUGUCAGAGAAAAUCAUCCAAGACUAACAAGACUCCUCCCUAUAAAUUUGUUCAUGUGCUCAAGGGAGUUGACAUUUAUCCAGAAAACCUAAACAGUAAGAAGAAGUUUGGAGCAGAUGACAAAAAUGAAGCAAAAAAUAAACCAGUUGUGCCAAAGACCUCACUACAUCUUGACCUUGAGAAGAAAGACCUCAAUGGCAAUUUCCCCAAAGCAAAUCCCAAAGCUGGCAGCCCUUCUGAUCUUGAGAACUUAACUCCUAAACCCUUCUCAGAAAGGGAACAGAAAGAGUCCGCUUCCCCUGACAGCUUGAAGUCAAAUUCAUCCUUAUGUUCUGUAGAGAAACAGGAUAAACUUGGUACCCUUUUCUUUUCUUUAGAAUAUAACUUUGAGAAAAAGGCAUUUAUUGUGAACAUCAAAGAAGCUCGUGGCCUGCCAGCAAUGGAUGAACAGUCAAUGACUUCUGAUCCCUAUAUCAAAAUGACCAUCCUUCCUGAGAAGAAGCACAAAGUGAAAACCAGAGUCCUGAGAAAGACCUUAGAUCCAGCUUUUGAUGAAACCUUCACCUUCUAUGGGAUCCCAUAUAGCCAAAUACAAGAUUUGGUUCUUCACUUUAUUAUCCUGAGUUUUGACAGAUUUUCAAGAGAUGAUAUUAUUGGAGAAGUUCUUAUUCCCCUCUCAGGCAUUGAAUUGGCUGAUGGAAGAAUGCUAAUGAACAGGGAAAUCAUCAAAAGAAAUGUUAGGAAGUCUUCAGGACGAGGCGAGCUACUGAUCUCUCUUUGCUACCAGUCCACAACCAACACUCUCACUGUGGUGGUUCUAAAAGCUCGGCACCUACCUAAAGCAGAUGUUUCUGGAUUAUCAGAUCCUUAUGUUAAAGUGAACCUAUAUCAUGCAAAAAAGAGGAUCUCUAAGAAGAAAACACAUGUGAAGAAAUGUACCCCUAAUGCAGUAUUCAAUGAAUUAUUUGUGUUUGACAUUCCUUGUGAAGGUCUUGAGGAGAUCAGUGUAGAAUUCUUGGUUUUGGAUUCUGAUAGGGGAUCAAGGAAUGAAGUAAUUGGGCGGUUGGUCCUUGGAGCAUCAGCAGAAGGAACAGGUGGAGAGCACUGGAAGGAGAUCUGUGAAUAUCCUAGGAGACAGAUUGCCAAGUGGCAUAUGCUAUGUGAUGGUUAGCAUCCUAGCAAUGAUUUGGAACUUAAUGAUUUUCCAUAGCAAAGAGAAAUUUUCUUUCCUUUUGAAUUAUGAUUACAAGCUUUUAACAGAAAGGUAGCCUUUAUGUUUGAACUGGGUUAAAUGAUCAUAUCAAGAGAUAAUUGUAAAUUUUAUCAUCCAUUUGAUUCUUCUUCAUUAGAGAAAUUUGAUAUAAUUUCAAAAGAGAUUCAACUUCCCUGGAGGUAAUGAUUGUCAAAAUGUAAAUUUCAGUAAGGACAGUCAGGACUUUCAUAAAUAUAUCAUUGCAUUCCUAGUUGGUAGCAUUGGUCUUGAGGGUAUACCUCUUUUGUAUAUGUUAAUGGAACUUGUGUCUCUUGAGACAUUAACAUGGAAUACAUACCUUUUUAGUGCAAGUAUAUCAGAACUCUUCUGUGAAAAUUCAUUCAUUGUUUCUAAAAGUUGGGGAAACAAUAUUUUGAUCAAUCCAAAGAUUUUAAAAAAUGUUCACAAUUUGAUUUAUCAAUUUUGUCAUGUAAAAAUAGUUGUUUUGUACAAAAUGAUGUCUACUUAUUCCUUUACGGUUUGAAGAUAUUAGGUAUCAUUUUCUCACAAGGAAAAUAACUUAGAUACCUUCUAAAAGCUAGUUAGCAAGUUUAAACAAUUAGUUUUAGAAAAGGGCUCAGAUGGAAUCCAGUUGUACUGUUAUAUUAUAGGUAAAUUCUAUGACUGAAUGCUAAAAUCAUUGUCCUUUCCAAAAUAUUUAGAUGAGUGACUUGAAUUCAGAAGAUCUUAAUGAUGAAUGGAGAACUGAAAGAGCAUCCAGUUCAAACUCCUCAUUUUACAAAUGAAGCCUAGAGAGCAUCAGUGACUUCCGCAGGAUCAAAUAUUGUAAAAUGUCACAUGAAAACUCUAAAGUUUUCCACCACUUUGUCACAUUCCCCAAACUCAAUAAGGCCUAAAGAAACACACACACACACACACACACACACACACACACACACACACACACACACACACACCUUUUUUUCACUUUGUUAUAUCAGUUAAAUCAAAGGAAUAGAGACAAAAUACCUAACUAGAAAAGUUAGAAAAUCUAUUAAGGAGACAUAUAGUCAUUGUUGUCUGAAUUAAGAGAUAAUAAUACUGACUAAUUCUUCAUUAAAAUCUUUUAUUUUUUAAUCAGUGCCAAUGGACCAUCUAUUUAAAUAUAAAAGCAAACUGAGAUUGUAAAAAUCUGUUGGUUGCCACAUGAAAAAAGGAAUUGUUCCAAAAGCCAAAGAAAGGAAACAAAAAUAAUAAAAAAUAAUUUUUUAAAAAUAAAGAAAAAAUCAAUCCCCAUGGAAAUGUAUUUGCAUUAAUACCAAAUAUGUUUUGCCCAUUCCACUAGCACAGACCUAAAUAUAAAGUUUACUGUCCUCUCUUGAUUAAAUUGCCCUGGCAAUGAUGUCUGCAAACAAACUAUAUAAUUAUGCCCUAUAUCACUUUUCAGGGUUUGGGCUCUGGAGGCCAUUUUAAUACUACUAGAGAAACAAUGCAAAACUAAAUGAUCACUUAGAAAAAAUGAUUUUGGUCACUGCAUGUGGAUUUCAAUGAUGGUAGAAGUGAAGUUGGAAAUUCCAAUGCAGUUGAAAUAUGAAAUAUGCAAGUAAGAAAUAAAUAACACUGAAAGAAUUACAUUUUGAGUCUUUCAGGUUUUGUGUCAGUACUUUAUCAGUUUUUGAGACUGUGUUUGAUAUCAUGGUGUUUAUAAAAUUCUAUGAAAUUGCAUUUUUGAAACAACUUAUACAUGCUUUUUAUGACUGUGCUUAAUAUAAAGUAAAUGUAUUACAUUCUGUAUGUAUAAAAAACUGGAAUCAACUGUCUUUUGUUUCAAAAUAAUUGUAUUUGUUCUUAUGUCCCUACUAUUUCACCCUACCACAGUAUCCUCUUAGAACAUCAUGUUCCACAUAAUAUUCUUAUGACAGAAUCAUCAAUGGAGACAGACUAAUGGGACUAUAGAAUUUUUAAGCUAAAAGGAUUUCAGGACUCAUCUAGUUCAACUGCCUCAUUUUACAGAAGAAGAAACUAAGGUGCCAAGAGGUUAAAUAAUUUGCUUAAGGAUGUAUGGUUAGUUAAUGGCAGAGUUGAGGCUUGAAUCCAGUUCUCCUGAUUCUCAAAUGUAGUGCCCUUUUUCACUCUACCACAUCUAAUGCCUCUAUGCAGUUAUAAGUUCUAAUUCUGUGAAAGGCAAAUUGCUUUUUUAUUAAUUUCUUUAGCUUCUUGGGCUAGGCCUCUUUUAUUAGAAUCUCCAUAAAGUUAAAAAUAAGAAACUGCUAAAGUAUCUCCUUCUGGCAACCUAAGUGUUAAUAUUAUUACCAUCUAAGGAAUUACUGUUGAGGGUGGAGGGAGGUAGGGAGAAAAUGUUAAAAAAAAUGAAAAAUUUUUUAUUAAAAUAAGAAUUUGUAAAUAGAAUUUUUAUUUUUUUUUAAUUUGAAGCCUUCUUGAGUGUGAAAAGUUGAGUAAAAAUGACUUGUAACUCAUUCUAAGGAAAGAAAGAAAAUUUAAAAAAAUCAACUGAAACAGGCAGGAACAUGUGUCAUCCUGUCAUCCAAGAAUAUUUUUUUCUUUUUUAUAAUAUGCUGAAUAUCCAUGUGCAUAUCUUGAAUUCUGUUAAGGAUCCUGCACUGUAUGAAACUUGUAAAAUAACUGUUUGUCUGAGUAGCCUACCCAGUCCCUUUUAUUGGGAGGAAUCCAUGUUUGAAGAACUGUUGUAAUUCAAUAACUGAUUUGUUCUGAUGUUGUAAUUCAAUAGAAGUGAAUUGGAAGAAAGCAUGGUGUAUGAGAUUUUGUCAUUUUUUGUGCCAGCUCUGUAUGAUGUGCCAUGUUUGUAAGACAAGAAUAAAAUGCUGCUUUCAUUCAUGCCAUCCCAAA